GAUCACACAUCAAAAAAAACCAAACAUCAUAUUACAAUGGCUAAUAAUACCAAAGACUCAUACCAUAUAACAAUGGAUACCAAAGAUUCUUCAAUUCCAAAGCUUCCUAUGAAAGAAAUUCCAGGUGAUUAUGGUGUCCCUUUGUUUGGGGCAAUAAAAGAUCGAUACGAUUUCCAUUACUAUCAAGGUGCUGAUGAAUUCUUCAGGUCUCGUAUGGAAAAAUACGAUUCCACCAUCUUUAGAACCAAUGUUCCUCCUGGUCCUUUCAAUGCUCGUAACUCUAAAGUUGUUGUCCUUGUAGACGCGAUUAGUUAUCCCAUCCUUUUUGAUAACGCACAAGUUGAUAAAGAGAACUAUUUUGAAGGAACUUUUAUGUCUUCUCCAUCUUUCAAUGGUGGUUAUAAGGUGUGUGGUUUCCUUGGUACUACUGAUCCUAAACACACUACACUCAAAGGACUUUUCUUGUCCACGUUAACUAGGUUGCACGAUAAAUUCAUCCCUAUCUUUACUACCUCAAUCACUCAAAUGUUUACGAAUCUUGAAACAGAAAUUUCUAACAAGGGUACGUCUUACUUCAAUCCCCUUAGUGAUAACCUUUCAUUUGAAUUCCUCUUUCGAUUAUUCGGUGAGGGGAAAAAUCCAGCUGAUACAAGUGUUGGUACUAAUGGACCAAAAAUUGUAGACAAAUGGGUAUUUCUUCAACUAGCUCCAUUAAUUUCACUAGGGCUUAAAUUUGUACCAAAUUUCCUUGAAGAUUUGAUUUUACACACUUUCCCUCUACCUUACUUCCUCGUAAAGCGCGAUCAUCAAAAACUAUACAACGCUUUCUACAACUCCAUGGGUUCUAUUUUAGAUGAAGCUGAAAAGCUCGGAAUUAAAAGAGAUGAAGCAUGUCAUAACUUUGUUUUUCUAGCGGGGUUUAAUUCAUAUGGUGGUAUGAAAGUAUUCUUCCCAUCUUUGAUCAAAUGGAUCGGAAAAUCAGGAACGAGUUUACAUACUAGGCUCGUUAAAGAAAUCAGGACCGCGGUUAAAGAGGCAGGAGGGGUUACUAUUGCAUCACUAGAAAAAAUGCCUCUAGUUAAGUCUGUGGUAUAUGAGACGUUAAGAAUGGACCCUCCAGUUCCGUUCCAAACGGUUAAGGCUAGGAAAAAUAUAAUCGUUUCUAACCACGAUGCAUCGUUCUUGAUCAAGAAAGAUGAACUGAUUUUUGGAUAUCAACCUUUGGCUACAAAGGAUUCUAAAGUUUUUAAGAACGCGGAGGAGUUUAAUCCAGAUAGAUUUGUGGGAUAUGGAGAGAAAUUGCUUAAGUAUGUGUAUUGGUCAAAUGGUAAGGAGAUUGAUGAACCAACUGUGAAUGAUAAACAAUGUCCUGGUAAAGAUUUGAUUGUGUUGUUGGGAAGGUUAAUGGUGGUGGAGUUUUUCUUGCGUUAUGAUACUUUUGAAAUUGAAUUUGGAAAACUCUUACUUGGUUCAAAGGUGACUUUCAAGUCAAUUACUAAGGCAACAUCAUGAAGUGAUCAAAUGAACUUCCAGUUCGCAUCACGUAGUAUUCUGACAGAAUGACUCUAUGAAAUUACGUGAAAGAUAUGUUAAAAAUUGAAUAUAUUUGCAAUAAGGAUGAACUACCACACUAGGGAUAGUUCAAUAUCCAUCUUUUUUAUUUAUUUAUUAUGAAGAGUGUGUAAUUUUCUUAUUUUAAAUUUGUAUUAAUAUCCAUGCGAUGGGUGGAUAAUAAAGCAAAUUAGUUAUGAAAAAAUAGUAUUUUGUAAUGUU